GUCCAGUACGGUGUCGUUUUUGGAAAGUCGGAAAGUCCUUGCCGGCGGUGUAAGCAGCGGAACCCUAAUCAGUAGCAAAUGUCGGAAUCAUCAUCAUCAUCAUCUUCCACGCUCCGGGACCUUCUCCUUCGGUUAUCGAACCCAAUCGCAGAGUCUCUGGCGAGCAUCCCCUACACUCCACACGAAAGCUCCAACGUCUCCGUCAAAGCCUUUCUGGAACCCCUUCUCCCAACAAGAGAUUCCAUUUCUACCAUCCAAGCUUCCAUCAAAGAUUUCGCUCUAGCGUGUGCUCUUCUAUCCUCUUCCACCUUCGACUAUUCGGGCCUUCUCUCCUGGAUUCCCAAUCACCUUUCUUCCCUCGCUACCUCUUCCUUUUAUGAGCUGUCCCAAGCGUAUCUCGCUGUCUUCGACGACAGUAACUCCCAUAGGGUUUCCGAAUUGGGUUUGAAUUGUGACCUUGUUCCUCCACAGAAGAGGUUAUUGCUGGAAUUGAUGCCUCAGGUUUUACCUUUUCUCAAAGAGAGGAUUAAGGAAAGCUCCAUUGAUAAGUCUGAUGAGAGUGACGAAUUCUCCGCCGCAUCCGCCAGAGUCCCUGUUGGGUUUGCGAUUCUCGCUGCUUAUCAGUUUAGAUGGUUUGUUACCCAGGUUGAUUAUCCUCAUUUGGGCAAGUUGUGUGGAUUGGUGAUUCCUUGUGCACUGACUGCUGUCGAUCAUUGGUCGCCGGAGGUGAAGCGACAGGGCAUGAUUAGUUUUACGCAUAUUGGAAAAAAUGUGGAUGCUGCCGAGGCUGGUUUGUAUGAGGAUGUGAUUCUUGAUGCCUGCUGCCAGAAUACUGCUGCUAGUGAUGAGAUAUGGGACCAUGUGGUUGAGACAUCAGUAGUUCUCGUGACUCUUACUCAGAGAAGUAAUCCACGUAGUCCAUGGUUUGACAGGAUGUUAAAUGAGAUGUUAAGUCACUUGGAGCGCCAGCCCAGAAACAAGGAGCGCCGCAUUGCAUGGCUUAAAUCUGUCGAUUCACUAUUUAAUGGAGUUGGUCUUAUGCUUUUAGCUCACUUCAGGCGUAUUUUCCCAUUAUUUUUUCAGUGGAUGCACGCUGAUGAUGAUGAUACUAUUAUUUUGGUUCUGAAACGUACUUAUUUAGUUUUGAGACUGACGUGGAUUAGGAACUCACCAUAUGUUGCAAGAUUGGUAGAUAAACUUGCUCUCGUUUAUAAGGAGGCAGCAUUAAGAACAGCUCGGGAAGAGAUUAGAGCAAAUAUAUGUCAGAUACUGAUCCUACUUCAAGAAAGCAAAGGCCUGCAUUUUAAUGCAGCAUGGGACAAGCAUCGAUCCGAUCCAAACUUAACCACUCUUAGUCUGUCAUUGAGUGGAAGAAGAGACAAUACCAUCCGUGAUAUCGGGUCUUCAGAGAGUUGUCGUCAUCAGGGUUCAAUACCCGUUCAAACAUGAUAAGUUGGCAUACAUUUAUGAUUAUUUCAGUGCUUGUCAUGGUUAUCACAAUUUUAGUUCAUUUAGGUACAUGUAAUUAACAAGUAGAAAUCUUGGUUAUCUGAGCAUGAAUAACGAAUUAAAGCUUGAUUUUGUUUUGUUUCA